GGGGGUAUUUUCUCAAGUGGGGCAAAUGGUCUCCAGCAGAUUCUCACUUCAUGCUCGGAAUCGCACGGACGUGUCGCGGAUGUCGGAAGGUGGAGCUCCUGUGAAUUGUUCUUGUGCGCCGCGCACAAAACCCCAAUAAUAGCCAAAUCGGGCAGCGCCUGCAGGCUUUUGUGUGAAUAAAACGGUUUGUGGCGACAUUUGUUCGAUUUUUAGGUGUCGCAAAUUAAAUUCGUUUGCAAAUACGAGGCACUUACGCACACAAACGCGAGCGCACGCACAAGUUGCUUUUGCAGCGCGGGAGAGCGAGAACCAACGGCCCAGCGAGCUGUUAAAUAAUUUUUAAAGUGUUUGUGUUUUUAACGUGUAAAACCCGAAAAAGUCUAUGCCUUUUGCAUAACAAAAACAAGCCGAGCAAAUAGAAUACAAGAGAAAAAGAGCAAUAAACACCCAUACACGUAAACAUAUACGUACAGAGAGAAACGGACGCCUACGUCAAUAAGCGAAAAACGGAAGGAUGCUGCUGAUGUCACCGCCGUUGCAGUAGCAACACCAAUCCCAGGAAGCCGAAGGAAAAUCAAGCCCUGCUGCUGCACCCACUCCUCCCCCCGAGAACAAGCCACACACAUGUUGCUGCCACAACUACGAUGCUCAGCGCUGCCAAUGCAACUGCAACAGCAACACAUGGAGCAGCAGCAGUCGCGAUUGCCGCAGCCGAGACUUAUGUCAUAACAAACAAACAGCAGCAACAGCAUCAGCAGCAGCAACAAGUAUUUGUUGUUGCCGCCAACAAAAUGGUGAUACCAGCAACGGGAGCAACGAUCGCCGGUAUACCAACAGCAACAACAACAGCAGCCGCCGAGUCAACAGCAACGCAGCAGCACCAGCAACACCAACAGCAGCAGCAGCAGCAACAUGUGCUGUUCCAGCCGCACCUACAGACAACAACCGCAACUGCAGCAACCUGCAGCACACCUCAGCAACAGCAACCACCUCAGCCGCGGCAGCAUCCCAAGAAGCGAAAGUUCGAUCCAGCCGAGCUGGACAAGACCGAGCAGCAUCCCCAGCAGCAGCAGCAAGUGAGUCUGCAGAAGCAGCAGAAACCCGCCGAUACAACUGGCAACGGCGAUGGCCUGGCCAACGGCAAUCAGCAGCAUCGCAUGAUCGUGAGUUGCGGUGCAGGCGCCGGCAACAACAGUAGCAACAGCAGCAGCAGUAGCAGCAACAACAGCAGUCACAGCAGCAGCGAUAUCAAGCAGCAGCAGCAGCAGCAACGUAUUAUCAUUGCAUCCCCGCAACAUGCCAGCGGUAGUACUUACAAGCAACAUGUUGCCAGCGGCAACAAUAGUCACGCAGCCACAAUCAAUCAUCAACAACGCACACACACGCCCACAACCGCCGUCUACUACCAACAGCAGCAGCAGCAGCAACAACAGCAACAACAACGUUUUAGCUUUAACUCAAACAAUCAGCAACAUGUACAGGAACAACACCAGCAGCAGCAGCAACAGCAGCAAUCCCUGCUCGAUCUCAGCGAGUGGAACAACACGCGUGUCCUAGCCAAAAUCCAGAAUAACUAUGCACCCGGGAUAAUACGCCACGCCCAGGAGGCGUCUCCCGACUCAAUACUCGUGGAAUUCGAUUCCACCGACUUGGGAUUACUGCUAUAUACGGAUGUGUUGCACCAGGGUCGUAACCAUGUGAUACUCGAUGCCAGCCCGCCCAUGGCGGAUAUUACGUUGGAUGCCCGUGUCUGCGUGCGCCAGCGGGUGGAAGGUCGUGGCUCCGGAAGCUUCGUCUACGUAGAGGGCAUCAUUACGGACAUCAACCAGGCCACGAAGCAAUACAGCGUGCAACUGAUCGGCGAUGAAAUGGCCACCACCAAGGUUGUGCGCCGUGCCGAUCUACGACUCCUGCAGCCGCCUUGGUGGGACGAGCUCAACGAACUGACACCCUCGGGAGGAGCAAGUGCUUCAGCAUCCAGUGCCAAGCGAAAGGUGUCGGCAGCGGGAGCAGGAGCAGCAGCUUGCGAGGCAAUGGCCGUGCCCAGUGGCAAUAUCGUUUACCCGAAGGCGGCCACCGGCGCGCCAUUGACCUUCGUGGCCACGCGCUCCGAUGGCAAGCUGCCGACGGCACCACCCACGUCCUCCCACCAGCAGGCGCAGCAGCAACUGGUGAAACAAGAAGAGUAUUAUCGGACGACGGCCACGUCGCCUUUCCAGACGCGACCCCCACUCGCCGGCCCCUCCCACGGAUCGGAGCAAGUGGUCCAGGCGACGCAGUCGCAUCCGCAGCAGUACAACGGCCUGGCGGACAUCGUGAUCUCCCCGUGCAGCAAUGGGCAGCACCUCAAGAUGCAGCAGCAGCAACAGCAGCAGUCGUCGCGGGGCUACGACGACUACGACUCGGACGAUGAACUCAAAAGGGUCGGCAUCGGAUACUCGCCAGCGGCCGGCGACCUGGACACGGAGAAGAUGAGCGCCUGCAGCAAGCGGAGCAGCAUGCAGAGCCGCGGCAGCACGUCCAGUCUUCUCGACCAGAGGCUCACACCCCGAUCUCAUCCAGCAACACCAAGUGCCAUCCACAGAUCUCAGGCUACUACGCCGCACCGCUUCAAGAAGGGAGACAUCGUGGAGUCGGAGUCCGGCGUGCGGAAGAAGUACAACGGGAAGCAGUGGCGCCGCCUGUGCAUGCUCUGCACCAAGGAAUCUCAGCGGCGCGGCUACUGCUCACGGCACCUCAACCAGAAGGGCAACACCAGUGCCCUGCCCUCGUCCACGGGACCGGGUCGUCUGCUCAGUGACAGUCGAUCGAGCAGUAAGACGCAGAUCGAUGAGGACACCUCUCGCGACUCGGAGACGUCGCCCAACUAUCGGGUCAAAGGUCGCUACGAUCAGGAGGAGACCGAUGCGGCCGUCAUGCUGGUAUCUCUGAGCAGCUCCCGAUCUGCCACGCCCUCCUACACCUCACCUGUUAACCACGCCGGAGCUUCUCCUCUGAAUGCCAUUGCCCACUCGCCGGUGAAUGUGUCCGCCACUCAUAGGCAGAACUUUUUCACACCCAUUGCCAACCAGUCGCAGCAGCAACAACAGCAACAGCAGCAACAGCCUGUGGCCGUACCGCUCGACUCCAAGUGGAAAACAACACCCAGUCCGGUGCUCUACAAUGCCAAUAACACCAGCAGCAGCAGCAAUAACAACAACACCAGCAGCAGCAACAACAACAACAACAAAAUCUGGGAGGUGGGCAGCAAUGGCAACACUCAUGUUGCAGCUUCGGCAGCAGCAACAUCAACAGUUGGCGCUCAACCACUGCCGCCGCAAACGACACCCGUUUCGCUGGUGAUGCACGCCCCACCGCCGCAGCAGCACCCACUGCAGCAGCAGCACCACCAUCACCAACCGCCUCCACCGCCACCUGCCAGUUUGCCAGCGCCAUCGGCACCACCCACCAGCGGCAGCAGCAGCAGCCACAACAGCGUGGGUCAUGCCACCAGCGUUAUACGCAUUUCGAGCAGCCAGCAGCAACAUCAGCAGCACCAGCAGCAGCCACAUCCUCAUGUGGUGGUGAGCGGCGGACAGACUUUUCAUCCCGUAAUCGUGGACGCCACUCAGCUAUCAGUGCCGCUGCCACCCACAACGGUUUCAUUUCAUCAGCCCAACACGCCCACCUCAACAGCGGCAUCAGUGGCUUCAAUGAGCCAGGACAAGAUGCUGGCAAAAAACGGCUACAAUACGCCCUGGUUCAAGCUGUUGCCGCAUAUGACGCCUAUGAGCAAGGCGUCGCCAGCUCCGGUCACUCCGACCCUUACCACAUCGGCAAGCAGUUACAACGUGGUGAUGAUGCAACAGCAGCAGCAACAUCAGCAGCUUCAACAACAGCAGCAACUGCAGCAGCAGCAACAGUCGCCACCCCAGAUGCCGCUGAACCACAACAACAACCAUCUGAUUGUGCCCGCCCCACUAAGCUCGCCGGGCAAGCCACUCAACUGCUCAAUGAACGAUGCCAAGGUGGCGGCGGCAGCAGCAGCGGCCGCAGUUGCCAGCCAGAGGCAACAGCAGCAGCAGGAGGAGCCGGACGAUCAGCUGGACGAUGAUGUGUUUGAGACCACGACGCCCGGGAUCAGCGCCAACAAUAAGAAACAAACUGCGGCUAUGCGGCUGCCCACCCACAACAGCAACAUACGAAAGCUGGAGGAAUGCCAUGAUGAUGGAGCUGCAGGUGCACCGGCCACAUCGGCUGCCAAGCGGAGGAGUCAAUCGUUGAGCGCCCUGCAGCAACAGCAGCAGCAGCAGCAACACCAGGCCGGAGCGGCAGGAACAGCAGCUGGGCAACCGGCGAACAAGAAAAUCCGAAGACCCAUGAAUGCUUUUAUGAUCUUCUCAAAGAAACAUCGGAAAAUGGUGCACAAGAAGCAUCCGAAUCAGGACAACCGUACGGUCAGCAAGAUUCUGGGCGAGUGGUGGUACGCCCUGAAGCCAGAGCAGAAGGCUCAGUACCACGAGCUGGCCAGCUCUGUUAAGGAUGCACACUUCAAGCUGCAUCCGGAAUGGAAGUGGUGCUCCAAAGAUCGCCGCAAGUCAUCCACCUCGACAGCUACGCCGGGUGGAAAGGCGGGCGGAGCGGCCGGAACAGGUGACGCUAAGCAGCGCCUGGUCUCGGUGGAUGGCUCCGAUUCCUUGGAGCACGAUAUGUGUCCCUCAACGCCAGGAGGCAGCGGCAGCUGCGGUGGUCAGGGCAUAUCCUCCGAUUUGCAGGGCGAUAUAAUACCGCUGACGAUUGACAACUAUAAUAGCACCUGUGAUGAGGCCCCAACUACGAUCUCGAUGAAGGGCAACGGAAACGGAAAGCUGAUGAAGAACGAGUUGCCAUCGGACGAGGAUGAGCAGAUGCUGGUGGUGGAGGAGGAGCAGCAACAGCAGCCCGUGAAGAAGAUUGACCUGCACUGCCGCGAGCGGGUGAAUGACUCGGACAUGGACGACACACCCUUUGACUACCGCAAGCAGCAGCCAGAGGCCAAUCAGCGUUCGGCAGAGGAGCACAAUACAUCUGGUGCGAAUGGCCAGGCCAUAAACGCACCGCCGCUCAGCGGAGGAGAGCGCGAGAUCACACUCAAACCGAAGGCUAUCAAAGCACAUCCGGUGCUGGAGAGCAACAUGCUGCCAUACACGCAGAUGUCCAUCUACACGCAGUACACUAGUCCCAAGAACCCAAUCGGUGUAACACCAUUCCAACCCACAGGCGGCGCCUUCAAAUCAAUGCCCAUCAGCCCCAAGGGCAGCGGUGGCAAGCCGGAGGACGCUGGCUCCCUGCAGGCACACAUCAAGCAGGAGGACAUCAAACAGGAACCGCCAUCGCCAUACAAGCUGAACAAUGGUUCGGGAUCCGCCGCCGGAGGUGGCGUGGUUAGUGCUCCGCCGCAGAAUAGUGGUAGCGUCGGUGCCAUCUUCAACUUCAAUGUGCCAACGGCGACGGCUUUGAGUCAGAAGCAGUUUCACUACCCGAUGCAUCAUCCCCAUCGCAGUCCCACGGAUCUUAGAGAAGGCGCCGAACUGAGCGGCAGCCAUAAGGGAACAGGACGAGCGGCUAUCCUUUACGACGCUUUGGUCCUAGACACGUUGCAUGGCCAGGAUGAAGAGGAGGAGGAAGAUGAAGGGGACGGCGAAAGACACGAAAAUCCAAAGGUAGCGGGCAAGGAGCAGGUUACCACAUCCCAACCGGCGACCAUGCUGCUGAUCACCGAUGUCAACGCGUACAAUCAGCAGCACGUUGCUGGCAACACAGCAACACCCGUGUCGGGAGCGACUACCCUUCGACCAGUCUCCUUCAUCAGUAUUAAUGCCUGUAACAAGAUCACAUUGCCAGCCAAUGCUCGUAUCCUGACAGCGGCCACGGCAACCUCCACGGCAGCUGGAGCAGCGGUUACUAGUCAAGCAGGAGCAACUCUUACCGUGAUGACAAAGGCGUCGGCGGCAACAAAUCAUAGUAGUAGUAAUGCCAGCGAUAUAACCAUCACAGCAGCAUCAGCUGCUCCUGUGCCCACCAGUGGCUCCAGCAUUGUCAUGAUAAACUCAACCACAAUCCCUUCUUCAUCAUCCAAUUCCACAUCUUGUUCCGCAGCUGCCCACCAGGCGUGUGUGCCAUCGUCGCCCGCGGGCAUGGGAUUGGGGCAUGCGGCCAACAUUGCCACACCUCCAGCAUCGGCGCCUGCUCAGAUCAUGGGAGGCGGUCCAGCCAGUCAGAAGAUGUUCUUCGCCAUGGGUCAUCCGUAUACGUUGCUGCAGCGCUCCCACCAACCAGGCACUCCCAGCCUGGAGCACUUGCAGCUGGACGCCUUCGCGCCAGGAGGUUACACCUUGAGGAACCACAACGGCCUGUCUUCCCUGCCGCCGCCCGUGAGUGCGCAACCCACGAUGCUGCUGCACGGAUACCCGCCCAGCCAUAGUGCCGAACCACCGGCUAGAUCGCCCUCGUACAAAUCGAUGCCAUCUACCCCAAAGUCGGCCACAUAUCUCAUGAGUGCGCCACCGGAGCGAGGCAUGGAUGGAGGAAUGAGUGGAUGUGCAUCAGCAGCAGCAAGCGGUGGCGAUGAGAGCGACAUAGACGCGGAUGGUCAGCAGUUUAUUUUGGCACCCACACCUGCGCAGUUGGGUCGAGCUCCACUGCAGAGGCGGAAGAAUCUAUCUCAAAGCAAGUCAGAGAGCAAUGUGUCCUUUGGGGGUAAUCUGGGGGCCAGCAAUGGACAGCACAUUAGUCGCAAGCUGCACUCACCCACAAUGAUGGAAUCCUCAUCGCCCAUCAUAGGCCACGUGAACAGCAGCAACCUUAGCUCGGCUCUGCCCACGCCCACGUCCUCGACGACGACACCAAACAGUGAUGAGCAACUGCCACUGACGCCGACAACCAGCAGCAGCAACAGUAACAUAAAUCAGCAGCCCAAGUCACCGAUGAAAAGUGCUCCAGGAUCAACGGCAGCGGCCCUAAAAAAGAAGAACGAUGAGAUGAAUAACAGUGUGCUCAAGCAGGUAGAUUUCGAGAAGAAGUACAAGGCCCUGCCGCAGUUCCAGCCUGAGGAUUGCCAGUCGCCCAGUGCCAUUGCUGUGCCCUCAUCACCACGCGUCUACGGCACGAAUUACCGCAAGAAGAACACGGCUCCACCGCCAGUUCAGAAGCUAAUGUGCGAGGAUGACUCCAUUGACGAACCAGCAUCGGCACCGCCUACGACCACGCAGCGAUUCUUUGGUCCGGACUUCAACAACGAGCUAAAGGACGAACGCCUUGCAGAACUGGAGAGCUCUGACCAAACGGGCCGCUCACCGAGGACACCAAAGACACCGCUACAAAGCGCUCGGUCCGAUGCCAGUGAGAAAGGACACCGCAAGGUCCUGGAGACGCGUCGCAGCCUGGUCCUGCAGUUGUUUGCCGAGCACGGUAACUUUCCCACUGCCCAGGCCACCAUGGCCUUUCAGUCUAAGCACAGCGAUGUCUUUCCGCGCAAGCAAGAUCUGCAGCUGAAGAUUCGGGAGGUGCGCCAGAAGCUGCUGGGCCAAGCAUCUUGCACUCCACACUCGGCGGGCCCCAACACGCCGUCUGACUCCAACUCGUCGUCGACCACAUUGAGUGCCAGUAGCACCAGCUUGAAUAUGCAGGCCACCAGUGCGGCAGGUGGCCACCAGCAACAGCACUCUGAGCAGCAGCCCCAUUCCGCCACCAAAGCCACUGAAUCUGAUGCCAAGUACAAGUAAUGGGGCGUGGACAAGGACGAGGAGUUCGGCGGGGACAGGACAGGACAACAGAUUGUUUGCUGCAAGUGACAAAAUUACUUAAGCAUAGUAAACGAAUCGACAACAACAAUUGCAGCAACGCAGACUCACAAAACGAAACGGAUAUGCAACAAAGCUCACACUUAGCAAACGCUCAUGCAUCAGAUGCGUGGUUAACUAGUUUUUAUUAUUAACUGCUAAUAGCGAGGAAGCAACAUACAGAAAAUAGAGAAAAUUACAAAUUUUUAAUUACAAUAGGCAUACGAAAUAUGUACCAAGCAACGUAAUUUGUGAGUCGAGUGGAGAAACUGAUUACAAAUGAAUUUAUUAAGCAGCUUAAUAAAUCGGGAGAGGUAGAAAUUUUGAUGAAAAUUUGAACUUUUGAAGCACAUAUGAAGUACAUACAUACAUACAUAGAAAACAUACAUAAUCGAAACAUUGUAUAAUCCCCGCGUAAAGGCUUAGGUUUUAAUUUACAGGCAAAACUGCAACCAACAAAUUGGAAGAGCAAAGAAAGAACUACGGAAAUAGAAGUUAAGCUUUAACUUAAAUUGCACAUUAAUUUUGAAGUGUAUCAAGCACAAGCAAAGAAUUGUAUAAAUCAAACAGUAAGAAACUUGAAAUAAACACUGUAGUUGUAUUGUAUAUUUAGUCAUAACAUUUUUAACGAGAACAAAUCCCCACAAAACCCCCAAACUAACACCCAAUCGCACACAUCCAAGCGCUUUUAAACUGUUUGCUUUUGUUCUCAAAGUUUAUGCAACACGCGAACCUUUUUAAAUUGUAUGUACAUUUCCUUGAAUUGGCUUUUUACACUGUUGUCUAAUUGAAUUAUAAUUUAUAUAUAUAUUUUUAUUUUAGUCUAGCCUGUUUUUAAAUUGUACACAUACCGAAAAAUAAACUCUAAAAAGAAAAUAAUUCAAAAAACUUAUUACCGACGAUUGAAAGAAUACAAACAAGAGAGAGAAUGAGAGAACUAACUGUCUUCCACUGUUGCUGCAAUAUACUAUUUAAUAUUGUUUACCAUUUCGGUUCGAUUAAAUUUAAUUGUAAAUUAAUGUUUUAAGUAUGGACUGCAUUUUAUUCAUAUGCAAAAUUCUGUUCUUUGUGAGUUGUUUAUUAUUAAAUGUUGUCGCUGAUUUAUGUGUUUAAAUAAUUUUAGUUUAAGAACUUUGUCAAAACUUUCUUCCAAUAUUUUCAGUCUCACUUUUAUGUGUUUUCUUUUCCGAAGAAGCAACAGUUACAAGAAUUUCGAAAAAUAAAAAAUAAAUCAUAUACACUCAAAGUACACAGAAAUAAUCUAGAAACGCAAAAAGUUAUAGUAUAAAUAAACACCUUAUAGUUAUUACAAUCAUUUAAAAUAUGCAAUAAAUAAAAUCAUCAAAAACAACACGUGAAUUAAUAUGAAUGUCGUUCAUUCAAGCUGGACGCUGCAAUAAAAAAAGAAAUUAGCCAGAAAGAUACAAAAUCAACAAAUUUAUAAAAUUUAAAAUCAACUCACGUAGUCGUUUAUAUUUUUUUUAGUUUCGUGUUUAAUAAUAAUUUAAUUAUAGUUUCUUUAUGACGAUAAUUUUUAAAUACCUAUUAGUUAUGUGUAUUAAUUAGUGAACAAACGAAAUUUUAUAUGAUAAAAAGCGAAUGGCCGUAAACUGUAGCGUGUUAAUGUUAAAAAAUACAAAUAAAAACAAAAAUAAAACCAAGUUUAUAAGCAUAUUUGAGCCAACGUGUGAACUUAAUUGUAGUAGAGCACACUGAAGUUUUACUUUCGUUUUCACAAACUCCUCCUGAACUUCUCCCCUCAGCAAGCAAACUUGUGCCAAUGACAAAGCUAAAUACUACAACCAUACUUAAAUAUUGAACCCUCCCUCAUGAAGCUAAGUAAAAAUGUUUGUCAAUUAGGUCAAGUUAGAGCAAAACACAAGCUUUUCGACCUUAUCAAGUUCGAAAACGUAUGAAAAAUGUAUAACUGAUACAACAACGAACAUUUUUGGCAACCAGCAUUUCGGACUAAGGAAAUUAAUGACAGGAAUUACUGAAAAACCUUUGGCAAUUACAAGAAAGAGAACAAAAAUGGAACAAACUCAGUCAGCAAAAAAAAAAAACACAACAAAAAAGGCGUUUCGGAUACAAAAUUCUAAAAUUCAGGUAUUACAAAGAAAACAAAAAUACAGAUAGUGUUGUAUAAUGUUAAAAACAAUUUUUGAACAAAGUAAAAAUGAAAGAUGAACUAUUUAGCUAUUUAUACAAACGAGGCAAGUGGGUAAACUUUGCGAGUACGUGUAAAAUUUAUAAGGUGCUUUUAUAACAAAAUAUUUGGUAGAGAAGCGAAGGACCUCCUCCCCCACAUUAAUAUAUAUAUAAAUAUACAUCUAUUUUUCUCGAAGUGCAACCACUGUAUUUUAAAAUGCUUUUAAACGAUGGUGAUUUAGAAACAAAGCCCAAAAAGGGCUAAAACACUUGUAAUUCAGUUGUGAGCGAUUCGCACAGUUUGGCGAUAAUGGAGAGUGUGUUUUUUAUAGUUUUUAAUCGAGGAGGGCAUUUCCAGCCGUAUCUGAACCCUCCUCAAAACAUAGAGCUAAAUAUAUAUCGAAAUACAUCGGAUUGAUGGCAUCAUUAGUGGCAAUCGAGGUUACACACUGUUGUUUGCGGUUUGUUUAGUUAAUUGUUAAAAGGUAAACGGAAACCAAGAGAUAUUCUUAAAACGCGACUUUUGAGUUUUGUAGUGAAUUUACCGACUUAUCAUUUGCAAUUGACUUUUGAAGGCUUUGUAAAAUAUAAACAAAAGAAUGCAUAUAUAUAUACAACUUAUUUGUGAAGUUAACUAAUAAGCCAGUUAAUGUGAAACAUAUUUUGUAAGCCACGAAACACUUAAGACAAAUUACGAAUAUUAAAAUAACAUACAAGAUACAAAUACGAACAUAAACAGGAUAGCUUAAAAACAACCAAUAUUUAAGCACUGAACCGUGCAAAUCUCAUCCGAUCGUUAAGAACACGUCUAAGACAGGGCUUUCAGACUCAAGAAUUUAAUUAGUAGGAUCCAUCUUAGGAGAAGGGAGUGCGGGGCCCUGCACCUCGAAGACGAACGGUCAUCACCAACAAUCCACACACACACACACUCAAAACACACUCAUAUAUAUGUAUAAAUAAUAUAUACGACGAUUAAUUUAUUGAAUAAAAGAGAAAUAAACAUUCAUAA